CACCACUGCCAGUUUUGCAGUUUGAUCAAACAAUCAACAACAAUGAAAUCUGCAUCAAAACAAUACCUUCACCAUUUCCUUCUUAAACCCCAUAAACCUCCGUCAAUCACCACCGCCCAUCUCCGCCGUCUCACCACCACACCCGAACCACCGCCUCCAUCACCGGAACACCAAUCAACACAAUCAAUCAUCACCCAACUCAACACCACAGACGACUGGCCCACCAAUCUCCACCACCAAAUCCUCACGUUACCCCAUGAAUCCCUCAUCAAUAUCUCCAAACAAUUCAACACUUCUUCAAAAGCCCUUCAAUUUCUUCAAUUCAUUCAUGACAACAACACACCAUCAUCAAUACAUACAUCUCAAUCUGUAUCUAUAUCCAUAUCCCAAUCUUUUUUAUCUUCUUUAUUUCAAACUGUUAUUUAUCUUGCAACACAUGAAGAAUCUCAAAAACACAUGCCCAUUUCUGAUUUAUAUAAUCUUUCCAAAAAAAAGAAUAUUUUGCUCACACCCAGAUCAGCUGUUAUGCUUAUUAAGUACUUUUUUGCUGUUAAUAAGGUCCAAGAUUCUGUAUUAGUGUAUAAUGGAUUAGACCCGGAUGUGAAAACCAUUGAAGUGAAGAAUGCUUUUUUGAAUGUGUUAUUGAAAUGUGAUAGGUUUGAUAAUGCACACCAACUGCUCGACGAAAUGCUUCAACCAGGUGAGAAAUUUCCAGUUAAUGAAGCUACAUUGAAUAUUGUUUUUGCUGUGUUGGUUAGACGGGAUAUGGAUCAGAAGAGCGAGAAACUUGUUGGGUUGAUUCCGAAAUUUGGGGAUUUUGGUGUAUUUCCUAGUACUAUUAUGUUGACCCAGUUGAUUACUAAGCUGUGUAGGUGUUGUAGGAAUGAUAAAGCUUGGGACUUGUUACAUGGUUUGAUGAAGUUUGGGAAAGUUGAAACUGCGUCGUAUAAUGCACUUUUGUCGGGGUUAGGGAGAGAGCGGAACUACAAGAGGAUUAAGCUGUUGUUGAAGGAAAUGCAGGAGAAUGGUGUUAAGCUGAAUGUCGUGACGUUUGGGAUGUUAGUAAAUCAUUUGUGUAAGUCGUAUAGAGUAGAUGAUGCGUUGGAUAUGUUUAAAAAGAUGAAGGAAGGUGAAGGGACUGAUGGGGUACCAAUCAAACCUGAUGUGAUUCUUUAUAAUACGCUGAUUGACGGUUUGUGUAAGGUGGGAAGGCAAGAAGAUGGUUUGGUGUUGAUGAAACAGAUGAAGUCGGAAGAUGAUUGUGUUCCUAAUGUUAUAACUUUCAACUGUUUGAUUGACGGAUUUUGUAAAUCUGGUGAGAUAGAACGCGCUCAGCAACUUUUUGAUCAGAUGAGCGAUGAGGGUGUGGAUCCAAAUGUAAUUACAAUGAACACUUUGGUUGAUGGAAUGUGUAGGCAUGGAAGAACAGGUAAUGCAAUGGAGUUUUUUAGGAAGAUUCAAGAAGAAAAGGGUAUUAAAGGGAAUGUAGUUACUUACUCUACUUUGAUUUACGCCUUUUGCAAUGCCAAUAAUAUUGAAAGAGCGAUGAGAUUAUUUGAAGAAAUGGAAUUUGUAGGAUCCCCCGAUGCACGUGCCUAUUAUGGCUUGAUUUCUGGUUUAACACUAGCUGGGAGACCAGACGAUGCUAAUUCUAUCGCUACAAAAAUGAAAAAAGCAGGAUUCCAGAUGGAUCUUUUAUGUUACAACACUUUAAUUGGCGGGUAUUGUAGGAAAAAGAAACUUGAUAAAGCCGUCGAAGUCCUUAAAGACAUGGAAGAAGUUGGGGUGAAAGCUGAUAAUGUCACUUACAAUACUUUAAUUUCAUAUUUCAGCCAAAAUGGGGAUUUCGAUUCUGCUCAUAAGUUCUUAAAACAGAUGAUAGCUGACGGAAAUUCCCCUACAGCAGUCACAUAUGGUACUCUGAUUCAUGCAUAUUGCUUAGCUGGCAAUCUUGAUAAUGCUUUGAAUAUAUAUGAAGAAAUGCUUAAUAAAUCAAAGGUUCCUCCCAACACUGUUAUAUAUAAUGUGUUGAUCGAUUCUCUUUGUAAGCGUGGGAGAGUAGAACAUGCUCUUUCUUUAAUGGAUGAAAUGUUGCAAAAGAGUGUUAGACCUAAUAUUACUACAUAUAAUGCAAUGCUUAAAGGGCUUUCGAGUAAAAAUAGGUUGAGAGACGCAUUUAGACUUAUGGAUCAGAUGACACAUCAAGCAUGUAAUCCUGAUUUCGUCACCAUUGAGAUUUUAAAUGAUUGGCUCUCUGCAGUUGGUGAGUUUGAAAAGUUGAGGGAGUUUGUGCAAGGAUAUCAAGUGUCAUAGGCUGCUUCAUCUGCAUAGAACUAUGGGCAGUCUAUUAAAUCGUUCAUUGGGCCAUUUCCAUCUUCCAGCUUCUAUAAUAUCUGGCAAGUUAGCUUCCACCUCACUGUGUUCUUUCUAUGCUCACUAUUUGCAUAAUGUAAAAUAUAUUUAACCCAACUUGUAUAUUUGAGAAAUCAAAGAACAUAGGAAAUGACUAAAUGUCCUUGAACUCGAGUCAGAAGUUGGGUAACAAGGUUCAUGUUUUCCGGGUUAAUGUUAUCUUGAAGGGAUUUGUGUAACUGUAGUGUCGUUUUGAAAGCAUGUAUUAGAUUUUAACACUCUUUAGAACAGGUAUUUUUUUAUCUUA